CCUGAGAAGAGAGGAUCCAAUCGGCUGGAGCGGGGGGGGAGAAGGAGGAGUGCCUGACGGCGAGAGAAAAUCGCAGCUCGUGGCGUCAAUGGAUUUCUCAAUUCUCAGAGGGGCAAUGGCUUCCAAAUCCUACGAGAAGAUUGCCGACAUCUGUGACGACCUUAUGCUUCAGGCUGCGACGCAAGGGAUUGGCUUCCACGAUGACUGGCCGUACACGAUUCACCUUCUAGGGCACAUUUACGUUGAUGACCUUAACAGCGCCAGGUUUUUGUGGAAAUCAAUACCCUCGUCGAUCAAGGAAAGCCGCCCGGAAUUGGUGGCUGCGUGGAAAAUGGGUCAGCGGUUGUGGAUGCGGGACUAUGCAGGCGUGCACGAGGCCGUUCGCGGGUUCAAUUGGAGCCCGGAUACUUGUGAUCUUGUGGCCGCGUUUUCAGAACUUUAUACCAAAAAGAUGUUUGAUCUACUGCUGUCUGCUUAUUCAACAAUAAGCAUUCAAGAUACAGCUCUUUUUUUGGGAAUAAAUGAGGAUGAUGCUACAAAGUAUGCACUGCAACAGGGUUGGACCGUGGACCCAGAUUCCAAAAUGCUAACCGUGAAGAAGCAGCCUAUCGUGAAAGAGCAGAAAUUGGAUCCUAGCAAGUUGCAGCGCCUUACGGAAUACGUAUUCCACCUUGAGCAUUAGUGGGAUAUUUUGAAGAACCCUUAUGCAUCUUUUGUUGGAUCACCGGCGCCACUGGUAAAAAGCAUUGAAGGAUUUUGAGGGUCCAGUUGUACUCAAAAUCCUUAUUGAUCUUUAAGUUCCGUUGUGUUCUUUUUGUAUUAUAAGCACCAGAUUGUGCCCAACACUUCUGCUGUUGAUAAAGCAUUCGCCCUAAAGAUGCUUUGGCGA